AUCAUAUUUCAGGAGAUAUCGAGACUCCAGACCGCGCUCAACUCGAUCACAGCUAGUAUAUCAGACAAAGCUCAUCCCUCCGCAGUGAAGGAACUUCGUAGAUCGUCUGCGUGCACUAUCUGCUCCUGCUGAGGCAGUUGAUUUCUCGACCGUUAUGCCCAUCGAGAUGUCGGACCACUUAAUAUCCAGGACCAUCGCUCAAUUACGACAAAAGGACGUGCUGAAAACCUCCAGGAUGACGGUCGACGACACCGUGAUGGGGCUCCCCAACUCGCCUCAUGCAUUGUGCAUCCUACCUUUGUUUGCCUAUGGCUCCGACUGUUAUAGCGAGGAAUGGAGCAGCUACUCCAGAGAAAUCAAAUCAAAAGAGACACGUGAACUCUUCCGUACUCAUCAUGGAAAGACAUACUACAUCGGCACGUAUCAAGCGGUGGAAGGUCUCGCAUUGAGUGAUAUCCGGUUGGAAGAUGUGGAUACCAAACUGCUCAAGACAUUCGACCGGACAGCGAAGGGCGUCGAUUUGGAAGCGGGGCUGACGCGGCUGACGACGCCUGCAGUGUCCUCGAAGAACUCGGUAGCCCAAACAGUGCCUCAGAUGUACCAAUUGGGCAUCUUGAGAGUCGCCGUCGUUGGUCUUCAGUAUGUUGGGUUCAACCAACGCCUGAAUGAGGAGCUGCACCCAAGGGACCCGCCUUCUGGCGAGGCCUCAGCGGAUGUGGACUCGGAUUCAGAGACUUCGCUCUCGCUUGUUCCCAGGGGUCUCAAGCAACGCAAGCGUCGUUUGCUCCUUGACAGCAGUUCAGAUGAGGAACCCCCACAUAAGGAAGCGAAGGUAUCUAAAGAGGUGAGCUCAAGCGAGCCUCGGCACCUUUUCUAAGACACAGCAUUGAUUGAUCUCCCUCCAUCAGGUCCCUCGGUAGGUGGCCUUGCUUGUGUUUCCUGCCUUUUUCUGCAUCCUA